AAUGAUGAUUGUGAUGGUGUGAUGAUGAUGAUGGUGAUGGUCUUUUUUUCAAAAAGGUACAAGGCCCCACCCCAAAGUGACAACCAUCUAGUCUUCUGUUUCUUGUCACUGAAAAUCAACUGAUUCAAAAGGGGGAAAAAUUGAAAAAUAUCCUUAAAUGCAUCUGAGCUAUGAUAUCAAGUCAUGUUUUGAACAUGAUCAAGUUCUUAUGUCUGACAAAAACAGUAAUUCUAGGCUGAGCACUAAUUGCUUACAUAGAAAGUUGCUAAAAUAAUACAAGUAUGCAUAUAUAUAUUUUUUUUAUAAUCUGCUUAAAACAUGGAGUGUGGAUGUAUAGGGUCAAACCUUAUUUCUGAAUACCUUUUAUCUACUCUGAAACAAAAAGUUGUCAUAAGCCAUGCAACAGUUGAAAUGCAGAAAUAUGCUGAACUAACUCAAUUGAAAAACUUUAAUCUGUAAUACUAGAUAUCUCUGAAAUAUCACAUUUAUUAAGUCAUGGUGUCUGAUUUAUAUAAUUACACGAAAAAAGCUUAUAGACUAAUUAUCAUUUGAAGUGGUUUGAAAGGCCUGUUAAAGCCCUAAUGAUUGCAUUUAAAGUCCCAAUUCUAUCAAGGGUGAAAUAUAUGAAUAUUUGAAUAUUUCUAUUUCAAGUAUAUUUGAUUGUCUCUGAAAAUUGAUGCAGGAUAUGAUAGCUUUCAAAAUCAGAUAUUCAGAUUUAGAGAUGCACAGCCAGAACAUUUUGUUUGCAUAAAAUGUAAUCACAUUGUUCUUUGCGACACCCCCAUUGUAUGAAAUGGUACUGCCUCAGUGAGACAGGCCUCAAUUCAUCUCCACAAACCCACUUAGUAUGCACGUUAUCAGCCGCUGCAAUUCCUCAUUACCUCCACUAUGUGAUGCUCAGUAAUUCUGUAUGCAUUCAACACACACAAUACACACACACACACUCAUCAUGCACCACCCUUUCAAUUCUCUAUCCCUUUCUCUCACGUUUUCUCAUUUUCUGCCGGUUCCUCUCAAGCUCUCCCUCUCUCUCGUACACUCGUUCGCAUACUGUCUGUCUCAUACAUGGGGUAUCGUUGAUAACUUGGUCCACACAUUGGAUCUCCAUUGCUAUGUGCCAUCAUCGGGAGAAAGCUGUUGACAUGAUCAAAUUCAUAGAAAAGAAGAUAUUGCUGAUGCCACUUUUUGGAAUGAUAUCCAAAUCCGCUGUGUGAAAGUUGUUUUUGGCUUGGAAUUUCUGUCCACAAGAUUCUGUAUCAGAACGAGGGAACCGCCUCCUUGGGGGAAAGGUGGUUGAUUGGGGGGCAAGUGUGCCUCAUGGGCAUGGCAUAUGAGAUAGGAGUACCCCGUCGUGGUUCCUCACGAAUCACUCGCAAGAGGACGAUACCUGCGCAUUGGAAAACCCAAGGGGAAUUGGAAGCCUACUGGUGCUAGCUGACAUGUGCAUGUAUAAUGAAUGGAGUGACACUGCCUACGAACAGCUCUGGCAUGAAGAAUACAUUCACAUCUUCUACUGAUAACUUGAUGCGAUUGUGGGCUCAGUCUUGCAACAGGGUCUUCAGCUCAAAGACACAUAAUUUCCUAAUCCCAGGUGUACACACAGUGCUUGUGACAUUAUCAUCAUCAUCCUCCAACAAAUUCCUUGUAACCGUUGCCGGCACUUUUGAGAUCUUGUCAUUCAAGGUGAACUCAAGCGCAGCAUUCUUUUCUCUUUUAUUGUGACAGUACCAUUCCAGAAGAUAUUACAUUCUUACUUUGAAAUGUGCUACAGCAUUAUUGGAAAAGACUUAUUUUAUGGAGAUUACAAUUAGGAGGUUACCUUACAUGAACAGAUUUUGCAGAACAUCUCUCUCUGCAGCUUGAUUUAUCAUUUUAAAGUGAAAUAACAUAUGACGGAUAUGGACCACACUACCUGUGACAUGUUAUCUCCCAGACAACAACUAACCUGAACCUAAGAAGUGAAUAUAGAAGGCCUGAUUUUCCAGUAGAUACUUUUCAAGAAAAAAAAAGGCAUUAGUAAAUUAUAUUGCACAUCCUCCAAAGAAGCUUUCAUAACACAAGUGCAUCUUAUCGAGAGAUAAAGAAGUGCAAUUGAAUGCAUUCAAGUUAUAUACUAUAGAAAAGCAAGCAACAGAUCUCUUUUACAAUUGUAUAUAGAUAUUCAUUUGAAUUUACUUCCAAAGUUUUUGCCUAUGCAAUUUAUGUUUGUUUCUUUUUAUUAAAAAAAUUUGCGUGUAUUUUUUAAUUUUGAGAAAUUUUUUUUUGGUGCCUCAUGAUAUAUAUAUAUAUUUCUUUUAAUAGUGAUUGAUUUUGAAAAAAAAAAUAUUGUUUCAUUCUGCUGCUUUCUGAUGUCUUUGUUAAUCUUCCACUGAAGCAAAUCAUUGGGUUUUGAAUUUGAGUUGAUAUGUACAUCUUCUCAUGAACAAAGACCGUGGCUUACAAGUAAAUGAUGCACAUAAGCACACCGAUCAAGAACUGCAGUAUUUCAUGUUCAUCAUUCUGAGUAAAGUGCCCAGAGAACUCUUUGCAUACAUGCACAAACUGCAGACACCUGUGAACUCACUGGAAAAUAAAUCUGAACACUGAUUCCUCAGAGUUUUCUGAAAGCUCUUCAAAAGCUAUACUGCAGGCUCUAAAGCCAUUUAGGUCAGUUUGACUCUGUAAGGUUGUGGAUUAUUCAUCUAAUCUAGUCGAUAUGGAAAGUGAUACAUCUAUGCUGGAAUAAGGAGACAUUCCAAAACAAUAUUCUGAUUGUGUACAUCACAAUGACAUGGGCAAAGCGAGACCGUGGAUCGUAUUCAUCUGUCAGUCAGUUUGAUCCCGAUUACCACAUGUCGACGGACGAGGGUUCUGAGGAUUCAAACUAUGGCCGGCCCUCUGAUUCAGACUUGUCAUUGGAUGAGGAGAGAGAAGCUUUAAGAAGAGAGACCGAAAGACAAGCAUUAGCACAAUUAGAAAAAGCUAGGACAAAGCCAGUUGCCUUUGCGGUACGAACAAAUGUAAAUUAUGACGGUUCUAUAGACGACGACUCCCCUGUGCAAGGAUGCGCAAUAUCUUUUGAAGUAAAAGACUUCCUACAUAUAAAAGAGAAAUACAACAAUGACUGGUGGAUUGGUAAAUUAGUAAAAGAAGGAGCCGAUAUAGGCUUCAUUCCUAGUCCAGCCAAGCUAGAGAACAUGAGGUUACAGGCUUCAGGGACAAGAAAUAGACUUGGAAACAGGUCCACGAGUGGUCUCAGUUCCAGCUCUAACCUCGGCGACUUCCCGACCGGACUACCCAACUCAAAGUCAUCCAAUUCAAGAGGUUCUACUCCCCCAACUCCAGAUGGGGACCAGAACGGGCUAGAAGAAGACACAGGCGAUACGCUAAGUCGGUCAAGAGGAAGCACGAUUUCGCCACAGCCUAAGGAGAAGCGUAAACCAUUCUUCAAGAAGACGGAAAAUGUUCCUCCAUAUGAUGUGGUGCCAUCAAUGCGACCUGUUGUACUGGUCGGCCCCUCCCUCAAGGGUUAUGAGGUCACUGAUAUGAUGCAGAAAGCACUCUUUGAUUACUUGAAAAGAAAGUUUGAAGGAAGGAUUUGCAUCACACGUGUGACAGCAGACAUUGCCCUUGCCAAGCGGUCAGUUCUUAACAAUCCUAAAAGUCGGCAGAUCAUUGAACGGUCUAAUAGUCGCUCAUCCAGUAUAGCUGAAGUGCAGGCGGAGAUAGAUAGAAUAUUUGAGUUAGCGCGUAGCAUGCAGCUUGUCAUCCUGGAUUGCGACACCAUCAAUCACCCUAGUCAACUUGCUAAGACGUCUCUUGCCCCUAUCAUUGUCUAUGUCAAAAUCUCUUCUCCAAAGGUACUACAACGGCUAAUAAAAUCCCGCUCAAAAUCACAGAGUAGAAACAUGAAUGUACAGCUAGUAGCAUCCGACAAACUAGCUCAGUGCCCUCCUGACCUCUUUGAUGUGAUAUUGGAUGAGAAUCAAUUAGAAGAUGCUUGUGAGCACAUGGCUGAAUACCUAGAAGCAUACUGGCGGGCCACCCAUGGGCCAGAGGUAGAGGUCCCCGCCAAGGCAGGCCCCCAACACAACUCACCCAUGCAUAACAUUCUACAGCGGGUAGGCUCGCACCGCAGUCAUUCGGAGAAGCAGGACAAGAAAGCGGACUACCACCAUCAUAAACGGGGCAAGGAUGAGUACGACGGAAGCGACCCCAACGAGCCUUACGAGAGCGGAUACCGCAGUGAUUCCCGUGAGCAUCCAAGCGAUUACAUAAGGGAUGACAGGGACGCUCGCUAUAACCAGAGGCCCGUCUCGCCCACAGACGGUAGAGGAUAUUUUGAUAAUGAUCGGAGGGAUCGCGACAAGGAUAGAGACUAUGAUUCCCAUGGAGGAAGGAAACAUGUGAAGGGAGACAGGACUCGUGAUGUCGAACGAGGUCCUCAUGAUAGAGGACCCCGGGAUAGGCAUUAUACCGAACGAGAUGCGGUCAGGUACGAGAGUGAAUACCCGAGUAGACAAGAACAGAGAAAUCGCUAUGCAGACAGAGAACGUGAUCGCUAUGAUGAUAGGUCAGGUCAGGUCAGCGAGCGUGGGCGGUAUCCGCCAGAGAGGGGGUCCAGCUCUCGUGGUGGACACAGUCGGGAGCACGAGAUCGAGAUGGAGGAGAUGUUUGGCAGACGAGGUCGCGAGGGUCCAACAUACCCUGAGCAGUACCAUCAACGGUACCAGGACUCUAGAGAAAGGGUACGGCGCGAUGCCUCACCAGGUCCUCGCCAGCGCAUGGGGCGUCCCUGACGCUGACCUCCUGCUUCCACCUAUCACGGUGGUCUCAUUUUAUUUUGGAAGUUUCAUCAAUGCCAGUAGAGCAACCUAACUCCAUGUGGAGUUGAUAUCUCGUACUGCGAGCAUUGAAUUUAUGUGUUCCAGCCAAGUUGUACUCUCAACACAGUUCCUGCAGCAGUUGUAGUAGUCCAGCCUUCUUUCUACUACUUUUUUCUAUGAAAAAAAUGGCUGUGUAUGUUGGAGUUGCCUGAUUUCUGAUAGUUUUUUUUUACGCUUCUCUAUAACUUCAGAUCUUUUGAAUCAGAGCAUUCUGCAUAUGGGUAUCGCGUGAUCAAGAGAGGUAGCACAUUGAAUUGCUAAAGAAAGCAUUUUUGGUGGCGGCGGCUUGGUGUUGGGUCUUGACAGUAUCAACCAGUGGUCAUUUGAGAACCACUUGAUAUGAGUUAGGAAAGAGAUCAGUUUAUUAUCCAAGUGACCACUGCAACCAAAUGACAUCUAUUUACUAACCAAUGGUGUCAAACUUUUGAGGGAUUUUUGAAAAGAAGAUGAUUCACCUCAAUUUCUAAAGAAUAUCUGGUGAAAUGGGAAGUUUGUGAUCUAUCUCUCUCAUUCUCUCUUUUCUCUAUCAUUUUGUUGUUUCCAAGUUUUUUAAAGAUUUAUUCAGCAUAUUUUUGGGGUGAUCAAAUUUCUAUAUUUCUGACAUUUAGACAUAUAUCAUGACUUGACUACUUGGACAGAGCUCAUGUUAGGUAGUGUUUGACAACUAACAAUACUUUGAAAGUGUUUUGAAUAUCAUGAAGAUAAGUCAGCACACAGUGGCUAUGUGUAGUAUACACAGAAAAAAGAAGUAAAUGACAGAAUUGUAAUUCACUGAAUUAGAAGGAAGUGAAUGUAUUUGGAGAAGGCUUUUGAAACACCACAUCGUCAAAAUAUUUGACGAUUGGUUGAGAUUUGACAGACCAUCCUGUGGGUGUUAUAAUUAACCUCUGCAGGCAGGGUUCUUUGUAUCACAUGAUUUAUGAUGCGGUGAUCACAUGAUCAGUACACAGUGGUCACAUGACCAGUCUGUAUCAAUUCCAUUUUUUUCCACGGUUGGUCCGCAAGCUUUGUAACUUUUGUAUAGAUGUGUGAGAAAUGCAUGCUAUAGAAACAAAUUUGUUUUGCUUGUAUCUCAAAAAUGUAGAACAAAUCUUUGUCAUUUUCCCCCUACGAUUUCACUGUAUAGAAUCACACUUGUGUGUGUUUUGUAACUAUUUUCCACUUCUUGAAUCUAAUUCUUUUUUUGUCAGAUUUCUGUCUGUUUCCAUUUAUCAAUUCUUAUCUUUUUUUAUCCUGUUUCUUUUUUUGUGGAUGUCAUGUAUUUCUGCCCUUUCUGUCUUCAAAUAUUUUCCUGCUAAACAUUCAUAAACACAGAAGAAUUGUACAUGUUUAUAAUACUCUACAUGUUUGUGCCAUGGUCGUUUAGUAGAAAGCACAAGAUUCUUCCAUACCUACGACAGUGUUCUAAAACAUUCAUAAUAUGGUUGAGAUAAGAGGUCCAGGAUUGGUGUAUCUUUGCAUGAAUGAAAAUUGCAAUUUUAUCGUUAAAACAGUGUGUGCAUAGCAGAGACAAGAAUCAUAUAUAUAAAUAUAUAUACAUAUAACAUAUAUUAUAUCAUCGCUAGUGAAAUAUAUCAGUUUUUAUCAAUGGUUUGGGUGAUUAACUAAACAGUAAAAGACAAACUAUUAGAGAGAUGGUUUAUAUGUUUUGAAUGCUUGCCUCCAAAGUGAGGCCUUUUGCUAUUCAGAUGGAUAACCUGUUUGAAAUAGCUCUAUGAGAUUGAGUCUCUCUUCAACUUCUGAACAAUAUAAUAUUAUUAUCCAAUGGAGGACUAAAUGACAUAAUUAAAGAUCAAGAGAUGAGUUUCACCACAUCAUCUCAUGACCCAUAUUUUGUAGGUUAUGCAAAGUUUUUACCCAGCCAGUCUGAAGAACCAUUGUACUUUCCAUUUUAAGACUCUAAUAAUGCAAAGAGAUUAAGAGUUUAUUAAAUCAUUAACAAGGUAAGGAGGACAAUUUUGAAAAUAUUGUAUUCUCCAAAUUUUGUAAUUCAUUCCAUCACAAAAAGAGGCAUACUAUAAUCAUGAUAGUACCAUGCAUUGGUAACUUUAAUAUAAAUGACUGAACAGGAUUAAAAAUCAGUCAGCAUCCCCAUCCCCGCCCCACUGACUUAUCUCUGCACAUAGACUCAUACCAUGAGAAGUUUAUUGAGCCAUUUUCAAAAUUGAUUUUAAUAAUGUGUCCAUUCAGUGAAAAACCUCAUUGGAACGAAUAUACCAAAUCAGUCAUUUGAGCUGCAUAUUAAAACUUCAUAGAAUGAGCCUCUCUGAAAGAGUUAAUGUUCCUCUACAUUUUUGCUAAAAUAUGAAGUCUUUAGAUCAAAUGAACAAUUAUAAAAGCAUUUUUAAAGGCCAUUUUUUCCCAAACUGCAGAGUUUUAAGAGAUCAUGUGAAGAAUAAAUGCUUGAUGCUUGUGAACCAACUUUUUCAAACCCUUCAUUCUCCAUAUUUUGUAAUUCUCUUACCAAAAUUUUGUGAUAGUUCUACCAGAUUGCGAUAAAGUAUUAACCCUGGAUCGUAAGCUACAUACCACAAGACCAAUGGCAAAAGUCCAUAGAGGGACCAGGUACAUGUAGUGAGGAUUAAUACCUUAACAACCGACUUGGUUUAGAACCCCGGGUUCCAGAUUGCAAGACUUCUACCACUUUACAGUUGAUCAGAGCUCUAGGAUUUGUUCUUUCAAACUCAACUUAAUCUCAUGUGAAUGGUUGUUUGUUUUGGGCUGGUCUGUCCCAAAUUAAUUUUUAAAAACUAAAUUGUGAGGAAGGAUCAAGUUCUGGAAUGAUGUCUCAAAAUACUUUGCUUUGCUUAUCAGCAUUUUUGUAUACCAUUUCUUUGUGGAGCAUGAUAAAAGCCAAAAUUUUAUGAGAAUCGGUUUGUCAGGGCCCCAAAAUAUGGUCAUACAUGUAUGAAUAUCUUUGAUGACUUGAGUAUUUGUACGGUCAUUCCCUGGACCACCGUGAACCUCAUCCCCACCAUAAUGCCUUCUAAAAUGCAACAUACGAUUGGAAUCCUGAUUUCGCAUGUCACAAAGUCAUAGCCCGUUUUAUUGUAGGACAGAGAUUUUUUUAUUCACUCCUUCCCCUCACUAUUUGUUUAUUUAUUUAUUGAUUCCUUCAUUUGUUUAUAACUACCUAUUUAUUUGGUUUUCAUUAUCAAUUUCAUAUAGUCAUAAUAGUAUUCCUUUCUCUUAUUAUACAUACACAUUAACAUAUUAUAUUAUUUCUUAUUCACUUCAUGUAACUCUUUGGUUUAUACUUUAUCGAUAUUGCCUCCUGGUUUCAUACAAUUACACAUAAUAAAAAAGUGAAAAAAACUGUUUUGAAAUGAAAAUGUUUCUAGUUAAAGGAUCAUGAUAAAAUUCAAAUAUUAAGGGGAAAAAAUCUGAUAUACUUGCCAAUGCCAACCUUGUCCACACAAAAAAAAAUAGGAAAAUUACAAAUGAAAAUUUUGAAAAGGGGUAUCAAGUCCAUAAUUUUCAUGCACAUUCUAUUGACUGGUUAAAAGAAAAUUGAUACAUUGUCACUAUUGAUUUUGUUUCUUAAAAAUAGUGACAAUCUCUUGCGACUGAUGGCAAAAUUUAAAAUCUCUUAAUGGGUCUUUGUGGUGGUUUUGAGUGGAUUUUCUCUUGCUCAGUGUACUCAAUCCAAAAUAUACUAUAUGUCUGAUCACAGAAGAAUUUGCAAUUUGACUUGGUUUGAACUUGCUGUGCAAGACCUGUAAAUAAUUGAAUACCAACAAAAUUUCUAUCUAUUAAAAAAUCAUCUAACAUGAUGUAGAUUUGGCACCUCCACAAUGCUGUUGCCUCUUCAUUAUAGUUCUCUAUUGGAUAUACUUAUAUCUAUAUGUUUAUAUAUUCAUAUCUUCAUAUUCGCUAUAUAUACAUGCAUAUGUAAACAUAUAAGUAUACGGUAAUUAUGAAUUUAGAUUGCGUUGACUGGAGAAGUAAAUGAAUUACAAUUGUCACUUUUCAUGUAUUUGUUCUGUAAUUGAAUGUAAUGCCUCAAAGAUGGUCUUUUUUACGAUAAGACUCUUUUUCCUGGUAGCUAGUGCUUGUUGGAUUUUGUCACACUUUUCUACGAAAUCUGCUACAAAAUACAAAAAAAAGAGGUGAAGGAAAUGAGAAAUGUCUCACAAAAUGGUAGCUGUAAUCAAUGUUAGUGAGAUCCAAGCCAUUUAAUAGGGUUGAAUAUUGCCCGAUAUGGUAGUAUGAUACGGAGGGUAGAAAUUUGUUUUAGAAAGUCAACCUACUACCCGUCAUAUUUUUCAUAUUAUCAGACAUUUGAAUGAACAGAAGAUAUAUGUUGGCUAUCCAUAUUCUAACAAAAUUAUUGAAUGGCUUCUUGAUUGAAACAUUGAAUCUAGCCAUAAAGAUCAUUUAAGCUGGAUUGAAAUCAAUGUUAUAACUAUUGCCACUGAGCAGUGAUAUCAUCAUGCUCAAGAAAAAUGUUCAUGUGCAUUUUUUGGAGACAAACAUUUCAAUAUUUAUGAGUUUCUAAAGUGUCUAAUCAGAGAAAAUGAGUAUGGUCGACCAUUGUACUGGUCUUCAUGUACACAUAAGAAGCAUAUAUAGGAAAUACAAAAUGCUUUCAUAAAUCUAUGCAUUAAAACUUUUAAAGAUUUGUUUAUCACAUUAACUAUAUGAAAGAAAAUUAUGAUUCAGUUUGUAUUCAAUAUACGUUAUCAUCAAAUAAACUGGAAAGUGUUUAAUCAGAAACAUAUAUCGCUAUUUCGCAUUAUAUAUUAAACUGAUAAUAUAUUCUAGAAAUCAGGAUAAGGUGGUGAAUAUGAGUGGACUAAUACCAAAUGCCCAUUUAAGUAGAAAGUCCAAUGUAGUUAUAUGUAUGAUGUAGUAGAUUAGUAUUCUUGUGAUAAAGCAUAAUGUACAAUUAUCAAUAUAAACUAUAUCCAACACUCACUUUCUACAUAUUGUAGGCAUGUGUUUGUUAAUAUGUAUCAUAUAUUUACUCAAAAGUACAAUUGUAUACACUGCUCAUGCUAAUUGUCUGUCGAAAAAGUGACAGUUAUACCUCUAAAUUUACAAGAUAAAAAAUUCCCGACUUUGACAGAAGUGGACUACGAUAUAUACUCGGUUGUACUGAACUUGUGUAGGCAUGGGCGAAUGGACUUUUAAUUAAGCUUCUUUCUUUUUUUUUACUGUAAAUACAUUAUAUAAAAGUGGAUUAUGGUAUUUACGAAUGCACAAAUAUUUACAUGCAUUUGUGAAGAAGGUAGUUAUUGUAUACUAUAUAGACAUGGGUGUGAUAUAUAUCAAUGCUAUCAAGGGAUUUUUUGGUCAUUAUUUCAGUGUAGUGCUUGUAUAUGAAUAGGCUUAGUAUACACAUGUGGCACUGUCUUCUCUUAAGCAAGCCCCCAAAAGUUGUAUUUUGAAACAACUAUUUCUACUCGUUAAAAAUGUUGAAUAAUGUAGACUUUCAUUUAAGACUUGCUCAAAGGCAACCAUAGCUGAUUGAUAAAGGUAUUUUAUAUGUACGUAUUGUGCUGCGAUAGAUAGAGAUGACUGAACACAUGUUCAUACUGUGUGAUCUCCGCUGUUCUUGUUGUAUAAGAUAAAGAAAAUGGGGUAGAUACACACUACGCCAUAUUCUUCCAGCAUGUGUAUAUAUUGAAUAUAUCACAGAAAAAAGACUGUGUCAUCUCAUUUACAUUUUUGUAUUUAAAAAAAAAAACAAUUUUGAGUCUCCCUUCCUUUACCUCCCCUGAAAAAAGUGCGCCAAUAUUCCUGUCUGUCUAUUAAGUGCCAUUUUAUUUUGCUAAUUUGGGAAAAACAGAAUGAUAUCACUCUCCAGAAGCAUCUGUUUGAGAAGAAAUUAUAGCUCGUAUUUUUUCAUUCUUUUUACAAUUUGAUGCAAUUUAUCUUUCAACACUGGAUGUUGCUAUUGCUUGAUUUGUGUAUGAGUUUAUAUAUAUGUAUAUAUAUUCAUAUAGCUAUAUAUGUGUAUAUACAUAUGUAUACAUCAAAUGAUUGAGCAAAUUUGUUUUCUAAAUACAUAAGAUAAAUGUCUAUAUAAUAUUUAAUUUUGAUUAUAUUUACUGUUUUGACAUCAAAGCUACAAAAACUGGGUCAGUCAUAUUAGUUAUUUGUAGUUAUUAUCUUCCUUAUUAUUCAUGAGAAGACUGCGGCUAAAAGCUUGUGCCUUUGACACCCUAUUGUAUGUUAUAACAUUGUGCAAAUGCUAAAUUUGUGGGGAGGGUUCCUCUCCGAUAUGACUCUUUGCGGACGUCACUUCACCGAGAAGCCACUCGGGGUAUAGAAUGAAGUGUGUCAUUUUUAAUUUUUUUUGCCAAACACCGGACUUUUACAAGCCAUACCAUUACGGAUUGUUUUCAGCAAGGUAUUUUUUUUCUUUUCAAUUUUUUUUGUUCUGUGUGUGAGUUUUUCAGGAGAAAUUUAAAGGGAAAUAUUGUUUUUCCUCCAGUUGUUGACUUUUGUUGUAGAAUGAUGACACUGUUCCGUUGUCCCCAACCCGACCCUAAUCCUGUGACAUGUAUUCUAUAAAACUGCCAAGAUGUGUAUUCUCAACUCAUGAAUUGGCAAGUAAUAUUAGUCAAGUGGGUCAUGAACCUCAAUAUCUUUGCUAAGGGUGCAAUAGUUCCUUUGAAAAAAAAUCAUUGAUCAGUAUUUAUGUGAUCAAUUCACUCUUUAUGGUGAGAACAAAAAGUAAUUUGAUGUUUUUGUUAUGUUUUUAUGUUUGUUUCUUGUUUUUCUUUAUUUUUUUUCUUCAAAACAAGGCCAAAAAGUAGCCAACAGUGCCUGGAUUGGAAUUUUGCUGGGGUUACCAAGGUCUUCAAAAAUUUCAUUUAAAACAGCGGAUAAUACCCACUUGGCAUAUUUGUGUACAAUACCCCCUUUCUUGGCCUGUUUUGUUGGUAUUCCUACCCCCUCCCCCCCAUGAAUGGAAGUAAACUUUGCUCUUUUUUCAUUAGAUAUUGGUGGCACUAUCAAUCUGGAAUUGAAAGCUAUAUUCUUUUAUACCCACCCCCCCCCCUCCCCUGUGCUUCAAUAUAUAAAGCAACUUCCUAAUUUAAUCUAUUACAUGUAAAUUCAAUUUCUGAAGUUUGCAUUCAACAAGAAUUCCAAAGGUAUAGAGGCAACAUAACUCCCUUAAAAAUUAACUAUUACAGAACAUUCAGUCCAGUAUGAUUCGCUUAAAGUUAUCGGGUUAUAAUUCACAAUGGACUAAAUACUUAUUUAUUUUAUUUUGUAGUUGAUUACCAAUCUGUGAACAGAAGUACAUGAUGUUCGUGAAUUUUCAAUGUAACAUUUAAGAUUGGAAUGAAAUUGAUUCACCCAAACAUAAUGUUAUGUUGAUGAAUCAAAAUUAAAUCAACAGAAUACUUGAUAGUGUUUUUUUUCAUUAACUGAUCGCACCUUACUAAUAUGGGGAUGAAAAGAAAAUGUAAAAUUAAUUGGUAAUAACAGUACAUGGUGAUGAUUUCUUGCAGUCAUGAAAUGUAAAAUAGACAAUAUUUAUAUUACUCAAGUUACAGAGCAUGUUUGUUACGAAAUGGUCUUGUAAGUCAUUUAUAAUUUUCAUUAAAUUUGUAUGCUUUUAAAUAGUCAAAGUGCACCAUUAGAUAUUAAUUUUUGUAUUCUCUUUGCACGUUACGAUUCCACGUGACAAUGUGUGCAAGUCCUGCGCUCAUUUUGGUCGAGUAUUUUCAACAUUGACUGUUAGAGCUCUCCCUUUAAUGUUGAUGUGUCACGUCUUUUGUGAGUUCAUUCCUGCGUGUUUCCAGUGUAACGUCAUUUAUUAACCAUGUUAUUACGAAGCAGUAGAUAAAAGACAAGAAACAGAUGUAGAAGCAUGCUGAACGGAUGUUUAGUAUGCUAACAAAAUCGACAUAUUCUAUAAGACAAGUACAUGUAGUUUUGACUCGGUGAGAUGGACUGAAAGUAUACUGUAUCAUUGUUAUAUUAACUAUGCUAUGUAUUAUUAUUAUCAUUAUAUCAAUAUCAUUGAUACUAUUAUAAAUAUGUAAACACACUGACGCUGAAUGAUACAGUGUUGUGUACAUUAGUACCAUGAUAUGGCAAGUUUAUCAUUAUCCUAGGUAUAUAACGUAUGGCACAGCAUUUGAUUCUCAUGAAUAAAUUAUGGACGGAAUGUAGUGAUUUCUUUUACAAAUAAACAUUAUAUGCCUACAAAAAA